GGAUAAAUAUGCAAUAGGGCACGAAUUCACCUACUGCUUCUCAACAAGCAAAACCAAGCAAUGCUAUUAAAGACUAUCGCGAACUUCGCCAACGUUAUCGUUCCUUGUUUAGUAUCAAUCGUUUACAAAUGACACUGAAUUAUAAUCUAGCUGCACAUGACCGUAAGCGCUUUUUUGGUUAAACAAAACCAACGUUUCUUUUUUUUCUACAGCAUAUUCAGUCCAAUCUCCCCAAAGCAUUGAGGAACGCGAUACACUCGAACUUAAAAACUCUCGUUCUGCGUAUCUAUUCCUGGGUGUUUCCGGUAAAACCGAAGCAAUAAUCUACCACAUUCUCUCUUCGAUGCUCAUUUCGUAGCUCAACUUUUUCCUACAUACGCCAUGCGAUUCCAUCGUCCUGAUUUUCGAACAAGUUUACCUGAAAUUAUACGGCAUAUUUAUAAUCAUUUAAAUGAGAGCGAAAAGGGAUUUCGGCCAAAUUUUCAAACUUCCGCAACAUCUCGCUUAGUACUUAACUUGGGAAGAAAUUGUAGAGCAGAAAGCGAUAAGAACCCUCUUACCAGUAAAACUAAUAUUACUAUCGGUGAAUCGUACGCUGUGAAGGGUUUAGCAGUAUCAAAUGUUUUACGAAAGGCAAGAUACCAACAUUCUAACAUUUCUGUUGAAGGCUCCAAUUCAAUAAACGCGUUGGGUUCUGUAUCUCAAGCUACAAACUCGCGUCGUUUUUCUGCAGCACAUCCGGCUGAUCUUAUUGAAAAGCCUGAAGAUUUAACGAUUACAGACACUCUCUCGAUUGCUUUAUUAGAAUACUCUGAACAGUCUCCUCCUUUAUUACACAAUCUUGGAAUGGCUUUACAAAUAACUAAAUUUUACAGACCUAUAAGUGAAAAUAUGACAUUACAACAAGCCCAAAAAAAAGUGAGAGAUCGAUUAGGACGUUUUGGACCACUGAAAUUAGCUGAGAGCUACAUACCUUUCUUUUCUAGUCAAAUGAAAUUGGCUAAAAAUCAGGGAGUCGUUGUCGGGGAAUCGAGACUGUUCAAAGCUCCUCUUUUUCCUCAUCCAACAAAUCCACACAGUCCAUUGAAGAUUGAUGAGACGCGCGCAACUGCUUCUAAAUAUGGAACUGGUCGUUUUCACGAUUUUCGUGCCACUGACUUUUUACUUAUUCGCAAAAAAAUUGCCUUAGAGUCAGGGCAAUGGGGCUUAUCAUUUUCUUUACGACCAAUUUUUUUAGAGUCAAUUCAUGACAGUUCAUCGAAUGACAUCGUUAAAGGUGAUGACGGAAAUCUUGCAGCAUGUACCUUGUAUACGGUCGGCCAAACUCAACCUUUAAUAGAAGUUCCUUCUCCACGCAGUAAAAAAUGUUUUGAAAUUCGACGUGAUUGGCUUCGAACCUACGCGUUACGUCUCGCUAGGCAAGGAAUCACUGAUUUUCAUACUGUUAAAUCCCGUUGUUUGGCUAAGUUUGGCGAUAUUUUUGAGCCUAGUGUGUUGCAGAAACAUUUGCUCAGUUGCCGUGAUAAUGUUUCACUUACCACACCUUCAACUUAUUCUGGUCAAGGCUUCUUGGGUGUUAACAUUCGUGUGGUUAGCGAAGACGCUCUUCGAUCUAUCUGUUCCCCCGAAAUAAUUUGUGGACUUGAAUCAUCUCUAAUUUCGGAUUAUCAUUUAUCAGAAGCGGGAGUUAUGAUAUUGCGUUCACCUGAUAGAAUCUCGUCUUCUGUACGAGAACUUGAAGCGGAUGAAACAUUUUCAAGAGAACAAUUAUCUCGAGCGAAAAAAUUGCUAUUUUCUCACACAGAACGUUACCGACAGCUUAUUCAAACACUCAAUGCAAACGAUACCUUACGACAAUUAUGGGAAAAAGAGGAAAAAACUGUUAACCAAAACAUUUCUUCUUUUUGUGAUAUAGUUUGUGGAAAAAGAUGCAGUCCUAUAGCACGACUCAUUGAAGAAAUGCUUCUACUUACUCCUUGGAAUAUUACGCAUAACUAUAUUGACAUUGUAUCGCGACAUGGUGCUCAAUUAGCACUUGAUGGAAUUGGCGAUCCUUCAGGAGGGCGAGGUGAAGGAAUCAGUUUAAUUCGAGCGAACCACUCUACCUCCGGAGUUCAUUUAGAUGGGGGGCCUAGUGGAAAAAGUAAUGAUACACCAAAAGAAGAUUUACGUAAACUCUCUAUGCGAGAACUUCACGAUCGCCUUGUCAAAUUUGGCUUUGAGAGUGAUAUUGUCAAAUCGUUACCCCGAUGGGAUCAAGUUGCUUUAGUUCGAACCUUUCAAUAUGAUAAUAUGAAUAGUUAUGGGCAAGAGAAAACACAAAAAAAGUUAGGUCGACUUUCAAACGAACAAUAUAUUAAACGAAUCAACGAGAUUUUCAUGAAUCAACGACUUGCAUUGGCUCCUGAUGAACCUCAACUAACGUUAAGUGAUUCGGAUUCAUUAGAAAAAACAGAUGAUUUUGCUAAUAAUGAAAAUCAACCAAUUCCGAAUUCGGACCAAGGCAUCACUGUCAAGUCAAACGUUCAAACUAAAGAAGAAGGAUCUGUAGCUUCCGUAGAACAACUCACAGAGAAGAAAGCUCCUAUUGAAUCAAAUUUAGAAGAUGAACUUUUAAGUGGUCUACAGUCGCGUCACGAUCAAAAUGAAUCUGACCAUUCGACUAAUUCACAAAACAUGGAAUUGACGGAACGAAAAGCGUUGGAAGAUUUUCGCGAAUCGUUAUCUAAGGCAAGACAAACCAAUGAAACUGAUAUUUCACCGCGUCUUGUUGAAAAAUUUACUCCACGCGAGCUGCAAUUUCUACAAGCAAAGCCUAUUCCUCGCCUAGUUUGGAUACGUAAAAAAAAAGACUCCACUACAGAUCAAGUGAAAUCAGAGAAAAUUGUACAUAUAUAUGGUUACGAAAACAUUCAACUAUUUUACGAGUGGAGACGGAAACAAGAAGCAGAGAAAAAAUAUUACAAUAAGCAAGUUUUGUCAAGUCAUCAAUCUGUUCUUGGAACUGCUUCAAGAACGUGUCGCCGUUGUGGUCAAAUUGGGCACAUUUCAUCUAAUCCAAUUUGCUCACUUUAUACUGGAAGACGAAAACCACGCGUAUCUCAGAAUACAUCCACAUAUACUGGAGGAACUAACUGCAAAGCUGCUUAUCGGGGCACGCCCGGUUAUCUUUCAAGUGACGAAGAUCAGGGAUACGACAAUGAAUCGAUUUCUUCCAAACAUACCUUAGGGAAAUCUCUAUCUACAAAGCGUAGCAGACUGACAUCCUCAGCCUAUGCCGACGUGGAUAGUAGUGAACCCAAUUAUAAAGUGUUAAAACAAAGUCAAGGUCAUGAUUCAGAUUCUCAAUUUUCUAAAGGAAAAGACACUGAAGAUAAUAAAAUUAUGAGUAGUGGACCGAAAUUGCCCACAAGAACUACUGCACGCCAACGUUUAAUUCUCGAAAAUAAAGGAGCUUUAGCUGGAAUUGCUGUUCAAACAUACCAAGGAACAUAUGAAAAUGCUGUUAAUGAAAUCAAUCAGAUUUUUCAAAGAGUUAUAUCCAAAACGGACCGAGAUAAAAGAAAAUGGGCGGUUUUUCGAGAAAAAAUUUCAGAGACUGAUGCGCCCGGUUAUAAUACAGUUAUAACCAAUCCGAUUUGGUUAAACAAAAUGAUAAAAAAAUGUAAAGCUAGAGAGUAUCGUAGCACCGCAACAUUUCUUAGUGACGUCCAGUUACUGGUUGAUAACUGUUUUCGAUAUAAUCCUCCAGGUCAUUGGAUUCGACCCCUUGUACAGUCAUUAGGGGACUUUUUACGAGAGGAAACUGAAUCCCAGGGUCCUUGGUUAGUAGAAUUGGAUCGAUUUAUUCAACAGUAUUGUCAAGAAAACGUCGAUGCUAAUUAAAUGAUUCCUACUUCUUUUCAACAUACCCUUGUUUUCAAUUCAAUGUUUUUGCUUUUUAUUACCCAAAAAUUGUCACUUAACCAGGCCAAGUAUCUAUCCGUGUUCAACGACUGUCAAAGCUGUUCACUUAGUUUUUACCAAAAAAUUUAAUGUUACACACUCAUUCAGAGUUACUGCAUUCCAAUCAACAUUGUUUCGAUAACUAUGCUAUAGUAACGUCCAGUGUAACGAUACACUAACCGUCUCGAAACGUGUAAUUUACGAAUAGAUUAUCUAAAUAUAUAGGGCUUUCAUCUUUUUUUUUGUCUUUCUUGUUAUUAAAAUGUUUCCUAUAAAUUGUUACCAAUAAGUUAUACAACGGAAAGAUACUUUUUUUUUAAA